GCCCGUGGUCAGCUUUAGGCUAGUGUAUGACAGGGAGACGGGAAAGCCAAAGGGAUAUGGCUUCUGUGAGUACCAAGACCAGGAGACGGCCCUCAGUGCCAUGCGGAACCUGAAUGGGCGAGAGUUCAGCGGGAGGGCCCUGCGCGUCGACAAUGCGGCCAGCGAGAAGAACAAGGAGGAGCUGAAGAGCCUGGGCACCGGUGCACCCAUCAUAGAGUCACCCUACGGGGACCCUGUCAAUCCUGAAGACGCUCCGGAGUCCAUCAGCCGGGCAGUAGCCAGCCUGCCACCUGAGCAGAUGUUUGAGCUGAUGAAGCAGAUGAAGCUGUGUGUCCAGAACAGCCCCCAGGAAGCCAGGAACAUGCUGCUCCAGAACCCCCAGCUGGCUUAUGCCCUGCUGCAGGCCCAGGUGGUCAUGCGGAUCGUGGACCCGGAGAUCGCACUGAAAAUCCUGCAUCGCCAGACCAGUGUUCCUCCUCUGAUCCCAGGCAACCAGCAGUCAGUGCCAGGGCCGGGGCCUGGACCAGGACCGGGGCCUGGGCCAGGGCCAAAUGCCCAGCUGAACCCACAGAAUACCCCCUCGUCCCAGCCGCAGCCCAUAGGUGGGAUGCACGUAAACGGUGCUCCUCCUCUGAUGCAGCCGCCCAUGCAGGGAGGUGUGCCGGCCCCAGGACAGAUGGCAGCCCCUGUGCAGGGCCCGGGCCCUGGCCCCAUGGCUCCCGGAGGUGGGAUGCAGCCGCAGGUUGGGAUGCCAGGUGGAGGGCCUGUCCCCUUGGAGCGUGGACAAGUUGGAAGAGAUCCCCGAGGGCUGGAGCCACGAGGGUUGGAGCCACGAGGGCUGGAGCCCCGGGUGAUGGAGGCACGAGCCCUGGAGGCACGAGGGCUGGAGCCACGGGUCCUGGAGCCACGAGUGCUGGAGGCCAGGGCCAUGGAGGCCAGGGUCAUGGAGCCACGGGGCCUGGAGCCUCGAGGGCCUGGUCCCAAUCCGCGUGGGCCCAUGCCUGGUGGUAUACAGGGUCCUGGGCCACUUAACAUGGGAGCCAGUGGCCCGCAGGGGCCCCGCCAGGUUCCUAACAUGGCAGGAGCAGGUAUGCAGGGGGGGGGCAUUCCUGGGGCAGGGGUCCAAGGAGCUGGUCAGCCCGGAGGCUUUAGCCCUGGACAGAGCCAGGUCACCCCCCAGGAUCAUGAGAAGGCAGCCCUGAUCAUGCAGGUUCUGCAGCUGACGGCGGACCAGAUCGCCAUGCUGCCCCCGGAGCAACGGCAGAGCAUCCUUAUUCUAAAGGAGCAGAUCCAGAAGUCCACCGGGGCGCCCUGACAGGCCUGGCAGGCACGUGGUGGAGAUGCCGUCUGCGUGGGCAGAGGUGAUGCUCCAUGGCAGCUGCUUCCCAUUGCUGUCUGAGCUGAUGCUGCAUUUUGGGAGAGGUUUCAUCUCCCCUGCUAACAUUUUCCCUUCCCAUUCAUUCUUUUUUCUGUCUGUAUGUUUUAUGAUGUUUGAAAUAAACUGGGAGGAGGGUUUGAGUAAA